UAGCUUUUUAGUUUUUCAUUUUCCUUCGUUGUGAAAACAUUGGCAGUUGUAGUUGAAGUCGGCUAAUUGGACGCUGCUUACAAAUGCUAUAAAAUUAUAAACAAAAGCCAAAAAUAGAAAUAUAACAAGCAACAAAACCAAAUUAUUUAUUAGCAGUGCCAAGUGCAAACUGCAGUUGUUGGCGCGUUUCGUUGUCAAUUUGUUGAGGCGCUUGUAAAAUGUUUUCACUUUCUCGCUACGCACCGUGGGCACGAAACAUUGCACUUAGCUUUAUUGCUAUCAAGCAGAGGUGCAACUUCAAUCAAUUAAAAACCGGAGCCAUCGCUGUCUCUGCUCUUCCCCACGCUCGUUCCUUUGCGGAUUCACGUCACAGCAGUAAUAACGACGAAGACGGCGGCAAGACGAAAAAUUCCAAAGCCAACAUGGAGAAUAAAAGCGAAAAGAUUACUGUAAGCAAAGAGGAACUGCGGAAACGUCUAACCCCGCUGCAGUAUCAGGUUACACAAGAAGCGGGCACGGAGCGACCCUUCACAGGGUGUUACAACAAGCACUACGAAAAGGGGAUGUAUCAGUGUAUUGUCUGUCAUCAGGACCUGUUCAGCUCGGAUACCAAAUAUGAUUCCGGCUGUGGUUGGCCAGCGUUUAACGAUGUGGUUGAUAAGGGUAAAGUGACCUUGCAUCGGGAUGCCAGCAUACCAGUAGUCAUUUCAAAAACGUUAGGCAUGGUACGCACUGAGGUGCGCUGCUCCAAGUGCUCGGCUCACAUGGGUCAUGUGUUCGAUGAUGGACCACCACCGAAGCAUCGACGCUACUGCAUCAACUCGGCAUCAAUUGAUUUUGUGAAAAGUACAGCAACAUCUACGACGACAUCGUCCAAGAAAUAAUAAUUUCGAUUGUUAAUUACAUUACAUACACGGAUUUGUUAAAACUCAAUCUAUUCAAAAAGACAGGCUUAUUAUGUUAAGUUAAAGUACUUAUAGUACAAUUAUGGGAAUUUUAUAGGAGUUUAUUAACAAGCAUACAUGUAUAAAUAUUAUAACGCUGAGUGUGUGAUUUGAUGAGGCCUGAUAAAGUAUUAAUACCCCAACGGAUAUGUAACGGAUAUUCCAUUUUUUAUAAUGGAUCAGCUCGAAUAAACGUUAUACUACAUUUUACUUUAGU